UUAAGGAAACACCCCCCUCGCUCACCCUAAACCCUGGCUCGUCUUCCUCUUCGCGCGAGCGCCGCCACCCCUGCCUCCUCAUCCCGCUGCCGAGCGCCCCAGCCCCUAGUUCGUCUUCCUUCUCGCGCGAGCGCCUCCGCCGCAGGUUGAUCUCCCCUUCGAUUCUCUCGCUCCCGACCGUUUCUCGUCCCAUCUCCGCACGAAAGGAUUACGCCCUUUAGCUCCCCGUUUCAUCUCUACUGCGCCCUCCGCCCUACCUUGCCCUACUGCGUCCUCCACCCGUGCGCCCGCCCGCGUCUGUGCGGACACCAUGGGGGAGCCGAGCAAGGAUCUCCUGGACGUCCCGUCCGAGCCCAAGCAACCCUUCUUCAUCGAGUCGCUCUUCGCGGGGAAAGAGCAGCACAAUGAGCAGGGCAAGCGCAAGGCGGGUCCUCCCACCGACCCACUCCCCAAGAGCCAAGUUCUCGGAAAAGUAAAGGAUUUCUUGGGAGAGAUGGCGAAAGCGAACGAGAAAUUGCAGCUUGAUGCGCAGAAUAAGCCUCCCCAGGAGUAUGACAUAGAAGCACUUACCGGAAACGAAAAGGAAUAUAUUGAGAUGGAUUUGCUUCUCGGUGUUGCUGACCUUCAUUCAGAGCAAGCUGUAGGUGCAGCUGAAGCAACAAUGAGUGGCUUCCCACCCUCAGGAAGGUCAUAUGCUAGCAGUUCAUCUGAGUCGGAAGAUGGUAGUGAUGACAGUGAUGAAGAUAGUGGUGACGAACCUGACAUGUCUAACAAAGUUAAAUGUGAUGAUCCAGCUGCGCAGGAGACUCAUACAGCCAAAGGAAAGAAGCCCAUCAAAAGACAGAAGAUUGUUGUUCUCAAUUAGGAUCCUUGUCAUUCUUGACAAACACUGUUUCGCAAAGAAAGUGCAGCCGAAUGUACCCAAGACCUGUUGUUGGUCAGGUUGGCUUGAGCACAUAGAAGAUCCAGAUAACAGGAUGGCCUAUUUUCUGUAUCGUAUAAUGCUCAGGUUAAAGUGAUUGAUAUUCUGAAUGGAGCUUUUUAUUGUAGGCCAUUAAUUUAUUUAGCUAUUUUGGGGCUUUCUUUUC